CUCUUUUCCCUCCUUACCACCAGGUGUCCCACAUUUUUCAUGCAGGACCACAAAUCGGUAACUUCCGGUCCCCGGACGUGAAGUCAUGAAUAAGAAGCUAGCAACAGCAGCACAUGUGAAAAUAGUCAGCCCACAACUUACAGUUGACAUAAGAUGGAGUUCACAGAGGUUCAUGUGAACCAAGACAACAAAUAUAAGAAAAGGAAGAAUAAGAAGCCCGAGACGAAGCGUGUGAGUCAGGAGGAUGGCGGCGGAGUGGAGAAGAAAGAGGAGCAGAAGACGGAGAAGAGCGAGCCAUCGGCUGCCUUCCCCUCUACUUUCAGUGUGUCCGAAAUUAAGAAUAAACAGCGCCGACACCUCAUGUUCAUGAAACUCAAGCAGGAGAAAAGAAAGCAAAAGAUGCAGCUGAAGAAAAAGAAGAAAAAAGAAAGGGAAGCUUUGGGUGACAAGGCACCACCAAAAGAGGUCCCAAAGACUAUAGAAAACCAGAGGGUGUAUGAUGAGACAACCGUUGACCCAGAAGAUGAAGAGGUUGCAUUUGAUGAGGGAACUGAUGAAUUCUCUGCCUACUUCAACGGACUCACCAACCCCAAAGUUCUCAUCACAACAUCUGACAGACCCAGAGGGAGAACAGUGAGGUUUUGUGAGCAGCUGGCCAAAGUAAUCCCAAAUGCCCACGUGUACUACAGAAGAGGUUUGGCCCUGAAGAGGAUCAUUCCUCAGUGCGUCGCCAGGAAUUUCACCUACCUCAUGGUCAUCAAUGAGGAUCGCAAAGUGCCCAAUGGCAUGGUUCUGUGUCACCUACCUGAUGGGCCAACAGCACACUUCAAGGUCAGCAGUGUUCGACUACGUAAAGAGAUAAAGAGACGAGGCAAGGAUCCAACUGAACACUGUCCCGAGGUGAUCCUAAAUAACUUCACCACACGUCUGGGCCACAGCAUCGGCCGGAUGUUUGCCGCUCUUUUUCCACAAGAUCCUCAGUUUGUGGGUCGACAGGUUGCCACCUUCCACAACCAGAGAGACUUUGUCUUUUUCAGAUUCCACAGGUAUAUCUUCAAGAAUGAGAAGAAGGUUGGUAUUCAGGAGCUUGGACCCCGCUUCACCCUCAAACUCCGCUCUCUACAGAAAGGCACAUUCGAUUCCAAGUUUGGAGAGUAUGAGUGGGUCCUGAAGCGCCAUGAGAUGGAUGCCUGCAGACGGAAGUUCCAGCUUUAACUGCACAACCUUCCUUUUGUGGCCAGAAAAGGAUGCCAACAUAUUUCAGCUGUGGAAAUACACAAAUGGACGAUACGGUGCAUGUCCCAGGUGGUGGAUGAUCAGUGGCAGCACUUGACCUUCAACACCAUAAAGAGGUUUAACACUGACUGGACCUUAUGAGAUUCCAUCCUCUAAGAACAACUUUUGCAAAGCUGCAUCUACAGGUGCUUUGUGGAGACUGUCUGGGACAGAAGUCUGUAGCUCACAGAAAGGACAUAGACCUCGAUUGUUAGGUGAGAGACUCCAGAGAGGACAGAGGCAGCCGAAUCCACAUCAAUCUUCAAGUCUGACCUGUGGUGACAGAUGUGUAGUUCCAAACAGUUUGUGUAGACAAACGUAUGAAUGUGGCCCAAAUUGUACCAAACUCAGACUGUGCUUUUCCUAUUUGUUACUGAUCACUUCCUGCCCUGGUCAUCCUGUUUUGCAUGCAGCAUCCUGGUAUGUGCAACAGUUGGCAGGGGUCUGAAGUGGUUCAUGUUGUCUACUAUACAGCUGUUUCUGUAGGUGACUGGGCUUUCAUAAUAAUUAUGGAUGAGACAUUAAACACACUGUACAGUU